GUUUUCCCGAUACUAGCCAGAAAGCGUGGGAGUGAGAGAGAGGGAGAGAGGGGGCGCGAUGUCGUUCCUCUGGGAGAAGAGCGCGACGUGGCGGUGGCUCGUUCGGAGAACGCGCGAAUCGAAGCCCUUCUUCUUCUCCUUCGCGAUGGCCUGCGGUGUCGUCCCCGCGGUCAUUGGCUACGGCAUCAUGCAACUCACCAGCUCCCGCAAUGAGCAGUUGGAGGCCCAACUGAGGAAGACAGCUCGACCCGAAUCUCUUAUGAUGGGACAAACCAACAAAGAGAGACUAGCUGAGUUUUUGGGGGAGUUGCAGCGGAAGGAGGACACAAAUGAUCGGUAUGUGGCUGCUUUGAGAGGUGAAACACUGACUAGAAAACCUUAUGUUAGGAUUCAACCAGUCCCCAAGGAAAGUGGCGGGCCAGCUGAGAAAAAUUCAGACUAGCUCAAGAGCAAUGUAAUUCUCUGACUUGCAUGUUAUUCUGUGUAAUAUAGACUCUAGUUGGGAUCAUGUAUCUGGUUCAGUUUUUUUUGGUUAACCUUUCCAAAAAGUUGCACAUUUUUCGGGCAGAUCUUGUGUAAUAUACAAUGCACAGAGUUUGCUUUUAGUAAUCAUUUGCUUUUUCUGCUUCUAUUUUAUAAUAAAAUUAUUUUAUUCCA